AUCGGUUUCAGGAAUGGAGACUCCAGGGAAGAAAGUGUUGCUCACCUCCAGUGGUGACGAGAUUUCGAAGAAUAUCGCUUUCCACUUAGCCAAACGGGGCUGCAGGUUGGUUUUGAUGGGCAAUGAGAGCUGUCUUCGAAGUAUUGCCGAAAAUAUAACUGGUUCGCUGAAGGGCGUGGUGCCGGUGGAGGUGGUUGGUUUAGACAUGGAGGAUGACAGGGAGGGAGCCUUUGGUGAGGCAGUCGCUAAGGCAUGCAUGAUAUUGGGAAAGUUGGAUGCUUUUGUACAUUGUUAUACGUAUGAAGGAAAGAUGCAAGACCAUCUACAGUUAGCUGAAGAUGAAUUCAAAAAGAUAGUGAAGAUUAAUUUUAUGGCUCCAUGGUUUCUGUUAAAGGCUGUUGGGAAAAGAAUGCGAGACUAUAAAUCUGGAGGUUCCAUUGUGUUCUUGACCUCGAUAAUUGGUGCUGAAAGAGGGAUUUAUCCAGGAGCUGCUGCAUAUGGUUCGUGUAUGGCAGGACUGCAGCAGUUAGUCAGGACAUCAGCAAUGGAGAUAGGAAAAUACCUAGUGAGAGUUAAUGCAAUUGCACGUGGCUUGCACAUUGAAGAUGAGUAUCCAGUGUCAGUGGGGAAGGAAAGGGCAGAAAAGUUGGUGAAGGAGGCGGCACCAAUGGGGAGAUGGCUUGAUGCCAAGAAUGAUCUGGCUUCCACUGUCAUGUAUUUAAUCAGUGAUGGAUCACGUUACAUGACUGGAACAACCAUUUUUGUGGAUGGAGCUCAAUCUCUUACAAGGCCGAGGAUGCGUUCUUAUAUGUGAGUCACAUCUCUUUAUCAGGUUUGUUUAGUAGAUAUCUACACACAUUGACAGUCAACCGGAAAGAGCUGCGUAGUUGACUAUUUUCAAUGAAGUUUUUCUUCCUUCAUUUGUUGAUUAUUAUACAUCAACUCUUGAGCUUG